AUGAAGCGAGACGAGAUUGCCGAGCUGGAUAAGAAGUACGAUGGCCUGCGUGCUGAGUAUGGAAAGCUGGAAGAUGAGGCGGCUGCAGUGGUCGUGCAGUUAGCUGCAAGAAGAUGCGAGGCCAGAGAGUGGAACAUCAUGGCAUAUGAGGAAGACUGGCAGGGCAUUUUCGAUGAGGAUGUGGAUAAAGAUUCGACCGCUUUGCCCUCUGCUGUUGAGGCCUGGAUAAGAUUGUAA